AGAGAGAGAAGGGCAGUCGAAGAAGACGCGCUUUUGCUUUUCCGUGCUAGACCAAGUUCGUGGAGGGGUGGCUGGGUACGUUCUGAUUUGAGGGCCCCCGAAAAGCGACGCCCGGUAGACUUUCCCCCCACCACCCCUGCUUGGUUAUUUAUUUAGUGGGCGUGCCUCAGCAAUCGCGUGCAUCAAUUCGAGGUGUCAAAUCAGUAACUGCGCUAGUCUUCGCCGCGUCCAGCUACAAAAGGUCCUCAUCACCCACCUUCCAUCUUCCCAACAACAACACCCGGCUUCAUUCUCCAUCAACCAACGCAGCCAACAUCAUUCACAACAACUCUUGGAUUCAAUCCAGUACAGCUCUCGCAACUUCCAAGCCAACCCACCCUUUUUCCACCCAACUCCAAAUCAAUCAAAAUGCCUCCCAAGGCCGCUGACAAGAAGCCCGCCUCCAAGGCCCCGGCUACUGCCUCCAAGGCUCCCGAGAAGAAGGAUGCCGGCAAGAAGACCGCCGCCACGGGCGACAAGAAGAAGCGCACCAAGGCCCGCAAGGAGACCUACUCCUCCUACAUCUACAAGGUCCUCAAGCAGGUCCACCCCGACACUGGUAUCUCCAACCGUGCUAUGUCCAUCCUGAACUCUUUCGUCAACGAUAUCUUUGAGCGUGUUGCCACUGAGGCCUCCAAGCUCGCUGCCUACAACAAGAAGUCUACCAUCUCUUCCCGAGAGAUCCAGACCUCGGUCCGCCUUAUCCUGCCCGGUGAGCUUGCCAAGCACGCCGUGUCAGAGGGUACCAAGGCCGUCACCAAGUACUCUUCAUCCACGAAAUAAGUGCUUGAUUAAUGGGCGGGCGAAGGGUUGCGAUGGGGCUGAUUUCUCUUUUGGGCAUGGGGUCCUUUCAGGCUUGCAAGUUGGCAUCAUGAUGAGGCUUGGCCACUGCAUAGGCUUUGAUGCUACGGAUCUCGAUUACGGAGUCUCAAUAAUGCGUUACGGAAUGGUUUACUGAUUUACGGGGGCAUUUGUCUCUGCACAACACGGUAUGGGGUUCGCGGUUGUACUAUACAUUCUGCCGAUAGGUUUUCGGAAAUGACACCUGAACAUGAACAAACUA